CCUCCCUCUUCUUUCUUUCCUUUCUUCUCUUGUUUGUCUUUCUCUUUGCUUUGUUUCUGUCACUCAAUCGCGUUUCUACUCUGUCCCUCAACUUUGCAUUCCCUUGUGCCUGCUUGUCUCGAUCAUAUUUCAAGGUCUGUUGCUACAAUACUCACUGCAUUGUGAGUUGUGACGAGAAGAGGAGAAAGUGAGCAACCGCCAACUGGGCAGGAGAAAGAGAGGGAGAAUGUUCAAGUCACAGAGACAAAACCACAGGCCAUCAAAAUCAGGAGAAAGGGUUGAUUUUAAAUUCUCCAAUUUCCAAGCACUUCAGGUACCAAAAGGAUGGGACAGGCUUUUUCUCUCGAUGACCUCUGUGGAAUCUGGUAAGACAGUUGCAAGGUUGGGGAAAGCAUUAGUGCGAAAUGGAAAUUGUCAAUGGACAGAGACUCUUCUUGAAUCUGUCUGGAUACCGAAAGAUGAUUCUUCAAAAGAGCCCGAAGAGUGCCUCUUCAAGCUUGUUGUCUCCAUGGGGUCAUCUAGAGCUGGCAUUCUCGGAGAAGCAACCAUCAAUGUGUCCUGCCACACGAGUUCAAAGGCGUCUUCUGCAGUUAUAUUGCCAUUGAGAAAAUGCAACUUUGAGACCUUAUUACAGGUCAAAAUUCAGUGCCUAACUCCAAGACCAAAUAUCAGGCAUGGGAGUCCAAACUCUAAUUUCAAGAGGCAAAAUGAAGAUGUAGAUUUUCAAGCUCUUUCCAGCACGUCAGAGACAGCUGAUAAUUCACUUGUUCGCAGUAGUAAAGUAUCUUCAAGUCAAGAUCUGGAUGUCAGCUCUCAUCAUGAAAAUCACAAGGAUCAAAAUUAUUCAGGAGUGAAUUCAAAUCACAAUGCGAACUAUGCAGAGGGUUCGAAAAGAAGAGACCCUUUUAAUCCAAUGCACAAAUUACAAAGCAAUGGAUACACCACUCAUCAGAGACACAUUGGAGCUAGCUCGAAGAGUAGUUCAGCUCAUGAUAACUAUCCUGUUGAUGAUUCUUCUUUUUCAAGCCAAUCAUCUUGUAACUCAGGGGUAAUGAAUUCAAAAAUGGAUUUGCACAGUAGUGGAAAAGAGUCUGGCAACGCAUCUCCAAGAAACACUGGAUCUAAAGAUCUUCUGGAAGCAGCAGAAGGUACUAUUGAGGAACUCCGAGUAGAAGCUAAAAUGUGGGAGAGAAAUGCCAGGAAAUUGAUGCUUGAUCUGGAUAUGUUGAGAAAAGAAUUCUUAGGUCAGUCAAAAAAGCAGUCUGAUUUAGUAAUGGAGCUUUCAGCAGCAUAUGCAGAGCAUAGUGGCCUCAAGAAAGAAAUUGAACAGUUGAAUGUAAUGCUGGAGGAAUCAACUCUCAAACAGAGAGCUUUAGAGGAUUCAGUUCUUCAAUCUGAAGGUCAAACUCAAAUUCAAGAGGAAUUGGAAAGUGAGCUAAAGUAUCAUCAACAAUCUAAUGCCAAUCUAUCUCUGCAACUAAAAAGAAGUCAAGAAUCAAACAUCGAGCUUGUUUCUAUUCUCCAAGAGCUGGAACCUACCAUAGAACAGCAGAAAAUUGAGAUAGAGAAUCUCUCUGCUCUACACUUGAAGUCUGCUGAUAGUGAAAGUUCUGUUGAACAAAAUUUGGGGGAGAAUAGGAACUUACUGCUCCAAUUUCAACAACUUCAGGAAUCAGAAAAGAUGUUGGAAAUAGAUGUUCAGCGUCUUGAGAAAGCCUUGGAAGAAAAAGUUAAUGAGCUAGAAACUCAACGGAGCUUGAAUGGCCAGUCCCUUUUAGAUAUGGAGAGAGUAUACAAAUAUCAGUUGAGUGUUAAGGAUGAAGAAAUAACCAAUUUACAAGCAAAAGUGAUGAAGUCUGUCAGAGGAAGACUCUUGGAGGAUAUGGAAAAGAAUAGUGGAAGUGAUUCUGAUCUUAUUAAAGAGAUUGAAUCCUUGAGAGAGAAAGUGCAUGAGCUAGAGAGCGAUUGCAAUGAGCUUACUGAGGAGAACUUGGAGCUUUUGUUGAAGAUUAAGGAGUCGGAGAAUAUACACAUUGGAAAAUGUGGAUCUUUCAGUUCAACAUCUAGUGAGCUGCCAGCGAAAUCUGUUAGCAUGCAAUCUGAUGUGAGUGACACUGAACCGCAGAUGUAUGAUCCAGAGCUCAAGUCAAAGACGAAUGACCAGGAGCAAUGGGCUGCGUUUGAAUCUUCUGGACUAUUCUGUGAAUUACUGAAACAACUGGAAUUGGCUUUUCACUGUCUAAUGAAGCCAUUGCCUAAUGUUUCUCCUCAUGCAAGUGAGAAGUGCAAAUUUAUUCUUGAUGAUGUGGCUAAUUUGAGCAAGAAAGAUUCAUCCAACUCAAAGGUAUUCACUGAAUCAAUACUCAACUAUUUCUCUGAGCUGAACAACAUCUUGGAAGAUAGGAUUGCUGAGUUUGAGCAGACCAUUAGAUGUGGUGAAAUUGAGAUCCAAAAGAGAAAUGAUGCUAUUACUGAAGCUCACAAAAGUGUGGAAGAUAUGAUCCUGAAGGUUCAACAGCAUGAGAUUUCAAAGGCAGAACUAGAAGCUGAUUGUCAAAGUUUGCUGAAGGAAUUAUCUCAAAAGAGAUCUGAGAUGGAUAAGCUACAAGCUGAUUUGUUGAGUAAGGAAGGGCAAACUAAUUUUCACAUCCAACGUCAAAGGGAAUUAGAAAUUCAAGUUGCUGAUCUUCAAACAGAAAAGGUCCAGCUGGAAAUGAACAAUGAAACAAUUGAGAGGGAACAUGAAGUCACAUCCAAAUGCUUGGAUGAUCUACAAAAUGAUUUUGCAGUGCUCAGUAGCAGAUUGGAUUCCCAUGUCUCUGCAAAGGAAAUUCUUGAAAGAAAAUCAGCAGAGUUAGAACUGGAAAAACGCAACUUAGAGAAGAAAAUCAUACUAUUGGAAGAUGAAAAAUUGCAAUUACAAGAAAGAAUAUCAGUUAUGGAUGUUCAAAUGACGCAAUUGGGAGAUGAGCAGCAGUCUUGUCGAUUGGAACUAAAGGACUCCAAGUCCCUUGCAAUGAACCUGCAAAAUCAGAUCAGAAGAUUGGAGAUUGAGAUGGAGGCCCAUAAUGUCAGUUUCAACCAAAAUAUACAAGAUAAACAGGAUCAACUGUUGGAAUCUCAAAGACACUGUGAAUGUCUUAGGGCAGAAAAUCAGGACUUACAAGCAUCCAUUCUCAGACUUGGCGAAGAGCGCAAGAUUCUUCAGAAAUUGAAUAAAGAACUGAAGAAGAAGGAACUAGAAUUGCAUGAACAUAGUGAGCAGAUGGCGACACGAUUAGAGAAUUCUGAAAAAUGUUUCUCUGAUUGCACUAGAAAGGUUGAAGCUCUAGAAGAAAAUCUUAAUUCCACACUGGAAGCAUUUACCUUGAAAGAGAAAAGUCUGAAUUCUGAACUGGAGGCCAUUAUUCAGGAAUGCAGAAAUGAAAAGGAAAAACUUGUUCUGCAGGAGACUUUGUCAAAUCAGAUGCAUUUUGAGAUGUCAUCUGAAGUGAAGAACCUCCAGAAGGAGGUGGAAAGCCUGAUGACCCAAAUUUCUGUAGCUCAUGAGGAAAAGGAGAAAGCAGAGUCUGAGGCUUCUCUUGAAAUUGCCAGUCUGAAUGCUGAUAAAAGAAAAUUGGAAUUUGCUCUUCAAGAAGUUAACUCGAAAUUAGAAUUGAGCGAGCGUGAGCUUAAUAAUCUACAUGUAGAAUUUGAGUUGAAGGCAGAAAGCUUGAGGACUGAGCUUUCUGCUUCCGAAAAGAGUCAUGUAAUACCAAUUGCUGACCAUGAAAAAUUGUUAAAGCAAUUAGCAAGUCGCAGGACAACUGAAGAAAAGCUUAAGACAGCUCUGAACAACAUUGAAUUGAAGCUUACUCUUUCUGACUAUGAAAACCAACAACUCCGAGAGGAGAGUGCCAACCUAAAAGUUCAUUUUCAAAGAGUAGCAGACCUGCAGGAUGAAGUCUCAGUUUUGAAGAGCAAGGUUGAAGAGUGCAGGUUUGAGAAGGAAAAACUAGAAGCCUCAUAUCAGACAGUAUCUGGGGAUUAUGAGAGUCUGAAGGCUGAGAAAAAUUCCUGUGUUGAAAAAGUUUUGAGCUUACAAAAGGCAAUGACUGACUAUGAGGACUGCAAACAAAAGGCAAUUGCCCUGGAAGAAAAGCUACUCCAAAUGGAGGGUGCUUUACUUUCAAAAGAGACCUUGUCUGCGCAGAAUGCCGAUCUGGAAAAUGAACUAAACGAAGUCAGAAAAGUAAACAAGCAGUAUCAGCAGAUUAUAUCUCAGCUUGAAGAGCAAAAAUCAGAAUGCUUGCUGAAAGUUCAAGCUCUUGAAAUGGAUGUGUUGAAGAAACAUAAUUGUGGCAGAAAGUGCGAUGGUAAGUGCAGUAUCAAGGAUGGAAGUCCUCGUCCAGCUGAAGUUGCUGACGAGCUCGCUGAGGCACUGGAUGAGGAUAACAUGCACAAAAUUCAGCUGCAUAGCUUUUCAUCAGAGGAGCUAAGCAGCGAAACGAUGGCCUGCUCGAAGAUAUCACUGGCAGAGAGUCAAGCAGAGGCAAGAGAGAGAUUUGAACGAACAAAGUCAUCACUAGAGACGGAGCUAAGAGACCUUCGCGAGCGGUAUUUGGAAAUGAGCCUGAAAUAUGCCGAAGUGGAAGCCCAGCGGGAGGAUCUUGUGAUGAAGCUAAAGGCAGCCAAAAGUGGAAAGAGGUGGUUCUCUUGAAUGCAUGUGUUACCAAGUCGGCCAGAUGAAGCUAUUUUUGCCGUACAUUCUUCAUUUUUUUUUUAAUCAAGAAAGGUAUACAUAGAUACUUAGAUCAAGUAAUUGUCAGUCGAAAAAGGAGGAUUGGGAAUAAUAAGUGAUCAAAAGGGAGUGGGGUUUUGUACAUAACGGUAUAGUUAAGCCAUCACUGACUCGAUACAAUCACAGCAUCCAGCUUGUUGAAUGAUCAAAACUUGCUCAUUUGGAGGCACGAGUGACUUGUAUUGUAUGGUUA